AAUCUCACACGCGCGAGACGACCCUGGGAAAGGGGAAGUGAGCCAAAGCCUCUCUGAGGUUUUGCCUGCCGCCUUUUUGGUCUGAGUUUCCACAUUCAGGUACUGGUCCGCCAGUGACCCUGGACAGUAACAAAACAUAAAAAGCCCGAGCCCACCUCCCGCCACCAGCAUAGGUUCAGUAGCUCGUUUGGAAAUCAGUAAACCAUGGCAUCUAAGAAAUUUGCCAUUAAAAGUACUAUGAAGGUCCUUCAAAUUGAAAGCCAUUAAAAAAAACAAAAAACAAAAAACGUGAGAACCAGCAGUGCUCACUAACCUGAAGGAAGCAUUUGGGACUUUGAGGAAUGUGUGGAAAUUUUGCUGUCCUUGUGGAUCUUCAUAUAGUGCCACAACAUUCAAACAAAGAUUCCAGUUGGUUUUCUGAACAGAAGAAAGAGGAAGUUUGCUUGCUGUUAAAAGAAACCAUUGAUUCCAGAGUUAAGGAGUACGUGGGCAUGUAUAAACAGCACAGGCCAUCAAAUGCAGAAUUCACCAGAUCCAGUCCCUUGUCCUUAAAAGGUUUUGGCCUUCAGAUCACAGCCUAUUUCCUCAAGAGAGGGAUACACCUUCGCUGUAUUCAGAGCUCACAGAAUACUGAACUUCGUAUAUUUCCUGACAGAUUUGUGGUCUGUGUUAGUCAGCUUGCUUUCGGUCCUGAUACUUGGACAAGCCAGAAUCAAAAGUCGACAAAAAGAACCCUCCACGGAGUAUCUGACUAUUUUACUGAGUGUGCAGAGAGUUCGCCUUCACCUGGUACAAAGCUCAAGAGAAACGCUCUACAAGAACUUGUGAGAAGAACUGAAGCAAAAAGCAGUGCUGGGAGCAAAUCACAGAGCAGCAAGGACCCUGUUGGAACAUCUAGUGACUCAGUCAUUACCGUGGUACCAAGGAGGAGGGAUACCUCAGCCGUUCUCCCGUCAGAAUCCACGGGUCAAGCACAGGAUGACAUAAAAGCAGCCAAGUGCCACCAGGGGCUUCCUGUUCAAGAGCUGGAAAAUGUUUCUCAGAUUCAGCCAGAAGACACUAGCAGCCGGCAACAACCUCAUCCCGGGGAGUGGUUAAAGUCGGGGCUUCUAAGCAGGAGCCCUCUGUGUAGCUAUGAGUCAGCACCACCAGGUCCAAAGCAAAGUCCACGAGCAGCCAAGACACAACAGAAAGGCAGGAACUGUGGCUCUGCCGAAGACUCUGACCACCGCAGGAGAGUUUCUCUUGGAAGUGAUGGGUUCGUCCCAGGAGACGUGCUGGUGGAAAAGAGCACAGCUGUCGGUGUUUUGCCAGCGUUAGAGCUGUCAGAUCCAGGGCUGCUUUUGAAUCAGGAUCUGGCAGAAGCCACAGCUAAAGACAAGCUGCAUGCUUUGGAAAAUCUCUCCUCCAGACACCUCAUGACAAACAGCCCAGGGCAGGCGCAGCAAACGGUCUCAGCUGCAACUGAUGAAAGAUUAGCUACAGUUCAAGGAGGCCCGAGCAAAAAGAGAAAGAAAUUGCAAAGUUCUAGCAGAGGAUGUAGUGGCAAGAAAAGCUUGAGUGUCUAGUUCCUGGGAUUUGAAAAGAAUUGGGGUAAUUACUCUAAAUAAACACAUAUUUAGAGGCUAGAGGGAUGUCUCAUCUUUUAAGAGCAUUUGUGGCUCCUGCAGAGGACCCAGGUUGGGUUUCAAGGAUCCACAAGGUGACUCACAACCAUCAGGAACCCCAGAUCCUGGAGACACAACACCCACUUUUGGCCCCCAUGUACAUCAGGCAUACACAUGGUAUGUAUACAUACAAGCAGGCAAAACACACAUACACAUGAAAUAAGUCUUUUUAAAAAACUGUUUGUGUUGGGAUUAGACUUCACAGUCACCUCCUAGAGGCUGUUUUUCUAGUAGGCUUGUUACUUUCUCAUCAUGUUUAUAACUGUCUCCAGAAAAUAUUGUAUUGACAGAUAGUCACCUGUCAAGGAGAAAACCAUGUAUAUAGGACCCCAUGGAGCAGUAUUCUCACCCCAUCACUGUGAAGAACUCCUGAUAGAAUACAGAGGGACAGUGCCGUGUGCUGCAGGCCACCUGCUCCUCAAACUGCGUACCUGACAAUGAGAAUACAUUUGUGUUUCUCAGUAUGUGGUUCUGUGCAAAAUGCAAGUAUUGGAGUUUGAGAGGAGCUGUGAUUCUGAAAUAACACUAACGUUGAAGAUGAUUCCCUCGGAAUUAUUUCCUCCAGACUGGCUACCAUGGCUUCCAUCAACCGGGGCCACACGUGGACAUGUACACCCCUGUGCUCCCUUGGGCUUGUGAACCAUUUAGAUUGGGUUUGGUGUGUGAGUCACUUAGUUCCCAGGUUCUCCUAUAGGAUGGACACAGCACCUAGGGAGCUGUGAGAGCUGUCAUUGCCAGAAAUGUACAUCUCAGCCUUAGGCGAAGACAUGGAAGAGGUGUGUUCUGUGUGGUCCAGGCCUGCCCUUGUCCGUGUUCAUGCCUCCAGUAUUGCAGUUACAGUUAGGACAGACCAGAACCCCAUGGGAGCUCAGUGCCCAUUCCAGUUCCCAAUUUGGAAAAAUUCAGAGGGCAUUAAAAUAUUCUCUUUGGUUGUAUAGCCUGCUCUCAAGAAAGACAAGAAGCCCUAAGUUGUCAACCUGGAAGCUUCAUCUGACCAUGCCAGCCUCAAAGGACCAGAAACUGCUUGCUGGUGUUCCUUUCCUUUCCCCCAGCUUUUUUCUUGAGAGCCGAUUUCCAGCAGUUUGAAUCCUCAGUGGAAGCAUGAGCAGCCCCCAUUAUGUACCAAGAAGCAGAUCACUCAGAAAGAUCCUAAAGUCAAAGCCAGUCUUAUGAAAUAAUGGGUGCUUCUCACUCCAGAAUCAAGAUAUUCUGACCUGGAAUAAACAGGGUUUUAAUUGUUUAAUGAUUAAGGUCAUACUCAGUACUUAUUUGUACUUAAAUGAAAGAUUUGCUUUCAAGAAAUGUUUUGUUUUUCAAAUCUGUUCUGUUGUAGGAAAUAAUGAUUAUUGUGACUGGGGAGAAAAAAAUAGUGUAUUUGGGUUGUACAUAGAUGUGGUCUUUUUCACAGCCUUCAUGCACAAUGGAUUUUAAAAGGAUUAGUAGGGAAUGACUCUGGGCUCCCACACUGUGGCAUAUGUUUAAGGAAUUUUGCCUUUAAGCAUUUUUCUUCAGUGUAUAUGAAACACAUAUGCAUCUCUUGUUUCUUGAGUGGUUUUACAAUUCUUUAUGCGUAUAUGUACAAAGGGAAAAGUAAUCCCAAGUGUUUUGUUACUUAUCAGGUGGGUUAUUAAAUAUUUUCUACUGUUGGGAAUGAUAUGAGUUUUUAUAUUCUUAACAAUCGUAAUAACUUGGCAUUUGAAAGUCUGAGACCCUGUCAGUGUUGAUAGUCAAAAACAAGUUCUUCAAUCCCUUGAUACUUCAAAAUAAAUUUAUAUUCAGGUCCCUGUGAGUCUGACACUUACAGGAGAUGUCCAUCCAAUUCUAUUGAUGUUAUUAUAACUAAAGAACUUUCUCAGUAUCUGGGAUUCUAAGCCACCUCUAUGUACUUUCAAAUGACAUUCUAAUAAAUGACAGUUGGUUAGGUC